AUGAUGCAUUUCAUACCUUCAGUAUUGGUUGCUGGAUUAGUGGGUCUUGCGCAGGCGCAAGUACCCUCAGGUUUUACGCCUCAGGCUACCACCAAGCUUGAAGUCAUCUUCAAUUCGACCAUGGUCAACUCAGCCGGGCAGCAAUUAGCAAAAGCCUCUGCCGCGACACAACCACAACUUGCAUUAUCCAGCGCCAUGAUAGAUGCAAGCCAAACGUACAUGUUUGUGAUGCUCGACCUCGAUGUACCACCAGCGGACGGCGGCACAGAACGCCGUACACUAUUACACUGCAUGAACACCGGAUUCAAAGCAACAAAACAACAACUCAUGGGUGCGGCCACUCUGCUCGCAUCAUCGGAAAAGGGCCCCGCCCCAUACAUCCCUCCAGGCCCUCCAGCAACCGACACAGUCGCGCAUCGAUACGUCGAACUGCUCUUUCCGCAGCCUGCCAGUCUGAACAUCCAGGCAUCAGCAUUCGCUGGCGUACAAGACAGGAUAGGCUUUGACAUCCAAUCGUUCAUGUCGCAGAACGGUGUGAGUGCGCCGCUCGCGGCAAACUUCUUCCGUGUUGAUGGAAGGAUAAGUGCAACGGCUAGUGGAACUGGAUCAGCAACAGUAGCGUCGGGCGCUGUUGCUACGCCUACGGGAACACCACAGGCCUUCACUGGUGCAGCUGGCGAGAUUAGCGUACCGUAUGGAACGGCUGGUUUGCUUAGCGGUGUAGCUCUUUUCGCGGUGCUCGUGUUGUAG